CGAUGAUAUAAGAACUCGAAUAUUCGAUUCUAUUUUCACAAAGACAAACAUGUAUUCACCGAAAAUAAAAUGGUCAUUUGGUAGGCUUAUAUCUUUCCGGGAUAUGACUUUUCUCGCCAGUUAACCCACGUCAAAAUCGAAAUGGUCCAUACCACGUGACCAUGAGUUGUUAUUGACACAAGUCGGGGUUUAAAAGAACAGAAGUAAUUCAGUGACUUUAACACACAGUGGAGUAUAUUGUAAUUUGUGGAUGACGAGCUGGUAAUAUCCUGUACUUAAGAUGAUGAAUAUUUAUCUAAUCCGCAUAACUGAGUCAAUUUAAAAACACUUCGGAUGUUUUCCUCGCUGUGAGCAGAUCAAUAGUUAUGUAAUCAGUUAAUGGUUGCUGUCGUCACAGAUGUUUGAACGUGAAGAAUGGCAAAACAAUGGGAGAUAAGAUUAUAUUUGUUUAAGAAUCUGAAUCAAACAGGACAUACAAAUUAAGGUUUAUUCAAUACAAAAGCUUGCUUUAGAUACAGAUCGGAAUGUCGAAUGAAACAGAAACACAGGGUUCAAGACCAACUGGGUUUGGUGCCCCUAUAGUGGGAACCUUUUUUCUUCUGGCCCUCUUUAUUGUCAUCACAAACGGACUUGUCAUCAUUUCCUACGUGAUCAGCAGGCGUGUGCGUCAGGUUACAAGUACGUUUUUGUUCAACCUAGUGGUCGUGGACUUUCACAAUGGAUUAAUAAGCGUACCCCUGGCUGCCUUUAAAGAAGAAACCACAGGGACAAAUUACGUUGUAGGAAAACAGUUUUGUGUGGUCGCCUCCAUAUGGCUGCCACUAAUGACAAAAGUCGCUACGUAUAGCGUCGUUGCUCUAUCUCUCGAUCGUCUUAUUUCCAUCUUAAAACCAUUUCGAUACAGAGAAAUCGUUACAAAUCGACGCACGUACGUCGCAUUGUCAUUUAUCUGGAUGUUUUCGUUGAUCGACUCUUGUUUUCCAGCCUUUGGGUUGCCGACCUUCCAUGGUGAACACCACGAGGUCAUUGCCCAAUGCACAGGCAGCUAUAAUUACGGAAGGAUCUACUUAUGGUGGUAUAUCAUCACAUCUGUGGCCAUUCCACUCGUUUGCAUUAUUGUUAUUUACAGUGUCAUAUACCAUAUCGCCAAGGGACACAACCAACAAAUCAUAGCGCUUGAAGUAGAAGUGAAGACUAAGAGUGCAAGUGAAGACGCAUCUUCAAAAGAACGUAAAAAAAUCGGCAGAUUUUCCAAAGCAGCGAAGACAGCUUUUGUCAUAUCAAGUUUGUUUUGCAUUUGUUGGAUCCAGUUUAUCAUUGUGUUUCAACUAAUGGCAAUGUGUAUUAUAGAUAGAUGUAGUGUGAAUAUUUACAUUACAAUUAUUCCGAUGUCAUCUUGCCUUGCGUUGCUGAUAUCGGGCAUCAACCCGAUUGUGUUUGCGAUUAGGACCCCGGUAGUGAAAGAGCAGGUGAAAAGGCUCUUGUGUGUGCACAAAUGCACGAGUUCGCCCAUACAGGUACAUCCAGAACGCAGCUCUCUCGAACAAUCAAAUAUAACUUGAAACAUAUAUGGAACAAAAAGGAAAUAAUUUUAUCUUGAUCUAACGGAAAUAUGCAUGCAGAUUAUAUACUGUUUCAAAAUGGCCUUUGGUCCAAAAUAUUUUAAUGCAUGCGGCGUUACAUACAAACUGACCGAAUUACGAACCCC